AUGAAAAUUGCAUUUGGCUUUCCGUUACGAGUCCUCUUUCUUUCUUUCAGUUUACGGUGUAUCGAUGGAGCCGCAUUGAGAGACCGUAGCGAUGGAGCAACUGAGGUUGACGUAGUUGUUGUUGGCGGGGGAUAUUCUGGUUUGAUGUCCGCCUAUGAUCUUCACCAGACAGGUUUGAAAACAGUAGUGUUGGAAGCGAAGAGCAAGAUCGGUGGCAAAUCCAGAUCAUUCAAGCUUCAGAGUGGACCUGGCAUCGUUGAGCUGGGCGCAACCUGGAUCAACAACAAAACCCAGCCUGAGGUCUUCAAGCUCACGCAACAGUUUGGUCUGGUUACUCUCGAGCAAUACACCGAUGGAGACUCGGUCGUACAAGGUGCCGACGGCAGUGUGCAAAGAAUACCUCAAGAAGGAGACACUGAUGUUGACGAUUCGACACCGAUCGCCGAGACAAUCUUCCUAGCUCUUCUCAACAAGACCAUAGAAGAAACAGACAUUCGAAGUUUCGACAAAUUUCCAGAGAAGAAGGAUGUAUCUUUUGCCGAAUGGAUUGCUCAAUUGGGCCUCUGGGAGGAUAAGCACAUACAAGGGCUUGCCAGCACCUUGACAACUAUCGUUGGUCGAGAGCCAGAUGAGAUCGGAACACAUUACUUCUUUGAUUACGUCAAAUCCGGUAAUGGCCUCGUGAGUCUUCUCACUGAAGGCAGAGAAGGAGCUCAGUCGCUUUUGAUAGAAGAGGGCACUACCGCAAUCGCCACAAGUCUCGCCAAUGCCCUAGAACCCAAUAGUGUCUAUACAGACACUCCUGUGACCAAGAUCGAGGAGCAGGAUGGCAUUUCUAUCGUAACAACAGCGACAAACCACACAUUCAAAGCGAAGAGGGUUGUGUUGGCCAUCACACAGCACCUCUAUGCCGAUAUUGAGUUCUCACCGCCACUACCAUGCGAAAAGAACUUAGUCGUCGCUCGGAGCCGGCCUGGAAACUACGCUAAAGUUAUCCUUACUUACACCGAACCGUGGUGGCGGCACGCUGGUCUAGUCGGCAAGUUCACGUCCUUUAUUGGCCCAAUCAGGUAUAGCUGGGAGAUCUCCAACCCCGCACUUUCUCAGUAUAGCUUGGCUCUAUUUGUGUCUGGUGAUACUGCGAUAUGCUGGGAGGCACUUCCUGAAGAGAAUCAACGCAGCGCCAUCAUUGAGCAUCUGGCUGAGCUUGUCGGUGCGGAACUUGCGAACAGGGCCCGCGAUGUUCUCGAGUACAACUAUGUUGAGUGGACCAAGGAGGAUUAUAUCCGCGGAGCGCCGACAACCACGUUAGGCCCAGGAAUGUUACGAAAAUUUGGCAAAUCGAUGAGGGAACCGGUUGGCAAUUUGCAUUUCGCUGGCACUGAGUUAGCGUAUGAGUGGAAGGGAUAUCUUGAGGGUGCUAUAACUUCGGGGCAGCGCGCGGCUGAAGAAGUUAUCAAUGCUCUCAACGAACAGGACGGAAUCGCACAUUUGUAUCACGAAGCAAAGUCCGACAUACUAGCCACCGACCGCGCCAAUGCCGUGGCAUCCAUCAAAGCAGAGCUAGAGAUGCUAGAUCAAGACGUGGAGGGGUACCGAAAGCUGGUGAACGGGGUCGAUAUAACCGAUAUCGCAGGCGUAUACAUUGUAGGCGGGAAGUCGCCGCAUCACGCUUUAGAGAUUGCAAGGAAGGACAAGAAGGAUUUGGCAGAAAGCUUGAACUUGGUCGAAGAGCAGGUGAAGGAGAUCAGGGCUGACGUAAGGUACGGGUUCGAAGAGGUGCAGCAGCCUUGA